UGAUGAUCUGUGUUUUAUAGUUUGAAAUAGUGAAAACUAUUAAUCUUGGCAGUAUUGUUAAACAAUUUGGUUUUUCCAUUAAUUUUUUCAGAAGCAGAAUAAGUUUAUGAAGAUGAUGAAGGACAUCAUAGAGGAAAGAAAGCAUGAUGCAUCAGGCGCAAGCCAACAGCGAUACGACUUCCUCGAUCAACUCAUGGAUGAAAUGAAAAACCAGAGCUUCUUAAACGAAGGUUUCAUUGCUUAUGCCAUCUUUGCUCUUACGUUCACUACCAUCGAGACGAUUCCGGUGACGUUAACCCUGACGAUCAAGCUUCUGAAGGAACAUCCUCUGGUGCUGCAAGAGUUACAGGUACUAAUUAAUUAAAUUUUUUUAAUAGUUUAUAUAUAAUUAAAUGUAUUUAUAUAUGAAUUUUUUGUCUUCUGUGUAAACUUUAUCAGGAAGAACACGAGGAGCUUUUGAAAAAGAAAGAAGAUACCAAAUGCGGACUUCCUUGUGAUGAUUACAAGUCGAUAAAAUUUAGGCUUGGUAGUGCUUCCAGUAACUUCAUUUUUUUACAUUAUUUAUAUUUUAUAAAUUUAAAUUUUUUUA